CACCGUUAAAAACGCUAUCGCAUUCUUCUUCCCAUUUCUUUUUCUCAGUUUUCUUUUUCUUUCCCCUUUUUCUCCGACACAAAACCCUAAUAUUUUCCCCAAUUUCUCUAAUCUUUCAUCAAUUUUUUCGAUUCUCACAGGUUGCGGUUGCGGAGGAGGAAGCUGAAUCAACGGUGGUGAAAAAUCUCGGUAAAUUCGACAUCUCAAAGAAGGUUUUGUUGUUUAAAGUAGUUGAAGGAUUUGGGUCUGAUGAGAAUUAUUAGGGGAAUGCAGAGAACGUUUUGUUGCGAGGAUCUGAAGAAAUCGUUCAGCAAAGGCAUUGGAAUCACUGCUCCCAAGGCAAGAACACGCGAUAAACUCUUUUGGAUUAGGGUUUUGGGUCACUAAGAAGCAUGACUCGUAUCUAUGUUCAACGUGGUUCUUCUGCUGCUAGUGGUAGUUCUCAGAACACUAAUUCUAACCCUAACCCUAAUCGUGCUGGGUCUUCUUCGGUUCGGCCGGAGCAGGUUACACAGGUACAAUCUGUUACCAAGGAUGAGGAAAGUGGAGAGGAGGAGCCUGGAUUGGUUGUUGCUGAUGAUGUUUUGGAGUAUGCUGGGAGUAGUAAUAGGGCAAAGGGUGAUGACCCUUUAAUGGAAAGUCUUCAUUUUGAGGAGAAUGAUACUCAUACUCCUUUAGGAAAUGAAGUUUUGGUUGAUCUUCCUGGGAAAGAUGUUAAAGAAGAGGUUGAGGGGUUGCAAGAAUCGAGGGAAAGACCAGUGAUAGAGAAGGAGGGAUUGUGUGAGGAUAAUCCUGUUGUUAGUGGUGGUGGUGGUUCGUCUCCUCCACCUCCACCUGUUCCACCUCCUAAGCCUUCAUCAACUAACUUAAAUUCAAGAAGGAGUGCAUCGGGGUCUCCUAAUGCUGUUAAUGUAGGAUCACCAAGGAGAGGAUCUGCGUGGCCUGUUGUUGUUUCGGCUAGGACUUCGCCUGCUGAGUCUCGACCUUCAUCUCCCCGGGCUCAUAGUGAAAGUGAAGGGUAUAAUAGUGCUGAUGAACAAAAUCCAUGCUAUGUGUCCUCUUAUGAUGACGUAGAAAGAGAGCGACAGUUUGAAAUUGAUAUUAGAAGGGUAAAAGGCUUUGAAGUAAAAAGAAUGUCAGAGGAUGGGAAUUGCCUUUUCCGUGCUGUUGCAGACCAAGUGUACGGGGACUCAGAAUUGUAUGAUUUGGUCAGGCAGAUGAGUGUAGAUUAUAUGGAGCGGGAGAGGGAUCACUUUUCUCAAUUUAUAACAGAAGGUUUUACCUCAUACUGUAAGAGGAAGAGAAGAGAUAAGGUUUAUGGGAACAAUGUUGAGAUCCAAGCCAUGUGUGAAAUGUAUAAUCGACCUAUUCAUAUAUACUCCUACUCCACAGAGCCUAUCAAUACAUUUCAUGGAAGUUAUGACACCGAUACGCCACCAGUACGCCUAAGUUUUCAUCAUGGUAACCAUUACAACUCCCUUGUUGACCCACGGCGUCCCACAAUUGGUGCAGGACUCGGGUUCAGCUCUCUUCGUGGGACAAAUGUUGACAAAGAUCAAGUCAAGGCUGCUAUUAAAUCUCAGCAAGACCAACAAAUCGAUAAUGCACUUUUAGCUGAGGGGCGGUUUUACUCUGAUCUUGAGCUCACAGAGAAGGAAAUUGAACUUGCCGUGAUGGAAGCUUCUCGGGCUGAAUACCUUGCCGGUGGUACAUUUAAGCAACAACUUGGCAAUCGAGAGUCGUCUACGUCAACUGCUGAGCCAUCUUCCUCUGGAGCAAGAUCGUCAGGUAGUGAUCCCAAGAUGGAAAGUGGGAAAGGAAAUAAUUCUAAUCUUAGCAGCAGCAUGAAUAUGUUACUAUCGAUGGGAUUUAGUUACCUGCAAGCAAUUGAGGCAUACAGCAUAUUUGGGGAUGAUGUUGAUUCUAUGAUUUGUUACUUGUUGGAAACUGGCAGCAGUAGCAGACGUAAAGGAAAGGCUACUGAAUGACACGAGAUUUAGUUCGUUAAAAAAAUCAUGGAACUUAAGUUUUCAAUUGUCAUCCAGAUCGAAUAAAUAAAUAUCCUGUAUUUACUCUAGUAUGUUUUCGUAUCUCACGUCUUCACUAAGUUGUUAGAGAGAAAAUUGAGCAAAUAAUAUAAUUUAGUUUGUUAGUGUAAUCCCAAGUUUGAUAAAUGAGAGAUUAUUUGCAACAUUUUUCAAGGGCCAAAUCUAUUAUACAUCUGUAUGGGACGAUUAUAUUUAUCCAAUUUGAUUACUUGAUGCA